GCGGGCGGGCGCAGCAAACACUCCCUGGAGGAGCCCAGCAGCUAGCACCCAAACCCCCAGCCCAGCGGCCGGCCCAGGUCACCAUGGGGCUGCGGGAGAGGCUUGCCAAGGAAUGGUUCAUGCUCUGCAUCGUGCUGGUGAUCGUACUGGCGAAGAUGGAUCCGUCCGUGGGGGCCAAGGGCGGACCAUUGAAGCCUGAAACGACUAUAACCUACAUUGCUGUUUCAGCCAUAUUCUUUAACAGUGGACUGUCACUAAAAACAGAGGAGCUGACUAGUGCUUUGAUGCAUGUAAAAUUACAUCUUUUUGUUCAGAUCUUUACACUUGCCUUCUUCCCAACAACAAUAUGGCUUUUUCUUCAGUUGCUCUCAGUUACACCCAUCAACGAAUGGCUUUUAAAAGGUUUACAAACAGUUGGUUGCAUGCCGCCUCCUGUUUCUUCUGCAGUGAUCUUAACCAAAGCUGUUGGUGGGAAUGAGGCAGCAGCUAUAUUUAACUCAGCUUUUGGAAGUUUUUUGGGCAUCAUUGUAACACCACUGCUACUGCUGAUUUUUCUGGGAUCAUCGUCUUCUGUGCCUUUUACCUCGAUAUUUUCCCAGCUCUCUGUGACUGUUGUUGUCCCUCUCAUUAUUGGCCAGAUCGUCCGAAGGUACAUCAAGGAUUGGCUCGAGCGGAAGAAGCCUCCAUUUGGGACGAUCAGCAGUUGUGUUCUACUCACAAUCAUCUACACGACCUUCUGUGACACUUUCUCCAAUACUAAUAUCGACAUGGAUGGCCUCAGCCUUCUCAUAAUUUUGUUCAUAAUAUUUUCUGUUCAGCUGAGCUUUAUGUUUUUAACAUUCUUCUUUUCCACAAGGAAUAAUUUGGGUUUCACACCAGCAGACACUGUUGCUAUUAUUUUCUGCUCCACACACAAAUCCCUCACGUUGGGAAUUCCAAUGCUAAAGAUUGUGUUUGCCGGCCAUGAACACCUCUCCUUAAUAUCUGUGCCAUUGCUUAUCUACCACCCAGCACAGAUCCUGCUGGGCAGUCUGUUAGUGCCAACAAUCAAGUCAUGGAUGGUGUCAAGACAGAAGGGCGUGAAGCUGAUGAGGCCAACAGUAUAAUGCUAGCGGGGACCCUCAAGUCACAGAUGUGUAUAUAUGUACCAUACUGUACAAUCACGCCGUUAGAAGACCUGUAUUUGUGAAUGUUGCUUCAGUGCAUAUUUUAUUUUUUUAUAUGAAAAAAAAGAUAAAUCUAUUUAAAGUGCCUUAAAAUGCAUUUGGCCAGAGCAUUGUUUCCAGAACCUACCUUGCUGGUGACCAGCAGAGGCUGUACACUAUUUUGGAGCUGUUUAUUUUUCUAACUCAGUGAAUAGUCCUCCCAGUUAAGAAGCAAACCUUGGAUUCCCUGUCACCAUUUUCUGUGUAACCACAAUGCUGUGGCAGAGACAUGCCUAUCAAAAAGAAGGUCCAAAGACCUAGAAAAUACCCUUCUGCUGACAAACUUUAGGGAGACCCUUUCCAAAGUUUUCUCUUGAAUACCUUGACGUGUGUGUGUGUGUGUGUGUGCGCGUGUGCGCGUGCGCGUGUGUGCCUGUGCGUCCUUUAUUCUAAAACUGUGACAUGCCUCUUUCUUCUUGUUUGUGUAUGCUCAGCAUGGGGCCAGAGAGUAGAUGGAUGGAUGCUAGGAAAGCAGAAAAUAUUUGCAUUCAUUGACAUAGUUUUCUAGACAUUCCUUCAAAUUAAGAGUGUCCUCAAGAUAAUUCUUUCAAUUCCGUUGUAUGAAAUGGUGGCAUUUUUCUGUCUUAAAUGCAUCAUAGGCUGUUUCAAAGGCACUGAUAUUUGAGUUAUAAGUAAAGUUCGGGGGGAGGGGGGCAGGGGAGACUUCUAUUUUUGUCAUUAUUAUUCAUCUUUUUCCCCCACUUUCCUCCUUUCCUGGUUGUUCACAUGCUACCUGCAAAUCUGCCUCAGGCAGGUAAGAGGGGCAGACGUCAGGAAAGCAGGAGCCUUCCAAUUCUGAGGACAGCAGGAAUGGAGGACUGCCCAGAGCCACAUUCCAUGCCAGAGACCAAAACUAUUUACUUUUACUGUUACAGAAAGAUCUGAGCUGCUUGCCUUUUAUCCAGUUGCAGCCUGUUACAUUUGAGGAAUCAGCAACAGAUGCGGCAGCCAUUUGUAGCACGUUUCUGGCAGACUGGCCAGAGAAUUGCAAAACAUAGAGCGUUGUUUAUGGUCACAGACAUCAAGUGAAUGGAGUUGUCCCAAAGUGGACAUCCAGACGUAAACCCAGCAUUAGCUCUGUGGGUGUUUCUCUUACAAAUUCACAGGGUUGAGCUUUAAUAAGGGGGCAAGAUAUAGAAAUAAGAUCACGGUGAUUGGCAAAGCUUCCAAUUCUCAUUAUGGAGAAUGCUGUCAUCUUCCAAGUUUCCCUUAAAGCUUUCUGUCUGUAUCUUUUCAUCCUUAGCUUAAUGUAAAAUGAUGGCAUUUUCAUUUCGGACAGGAAAAGUCCUAAGGGAAAAACAGUGGUGAUGACUCUGGUUUGCUUCCGUAGAACCAACAGAUGAGUCAUUCCUGGGGGCGCUAGAUGACUUUGUCCAGUCUAAAUCUAUACUGCUACUACUACCGGCUUCUGAAAGGAUGUUUUCCCAGCCCCUUGUGGCAUCCCCUUUUUGAUGGCUUUUCUGGUCAUUAUCUUCAGAACUUACAAACUGAUCCCAAGGGUAAAUGGGAAGGCUGGUUUAUACUGGAAUCUCCCUAAAGUGCCACUCCGUUAUUGGGAGACCCAUUGGAUCUUGUGUUGGGCUCAUCUUUCGCAUGAUGUUUUUCCUGAUGUUUGCAAACAUGAAUAUAGAGAAACAUUAGCUAGGAGCAGUGGAGGCUGGGCAGGGGGGGCAGUAUUUUUCUGCUUGGUGUCUGUGUGUGGGCCUAUUCAAAUUUCAUUGUAACCGAAGGGCAAAAUGUUCAGAUUUAUCUGGUAUCCUGGUCUACCAUUACAGACAAGUAUGAGCCUACAUAAUUCUUUCUCCCUGGUCUUUGUACACUGCUUCCCCACCCUGUUCCCAACUUAUCUACCUCUGUUACUGACUCUCACACCUACAAUAGGUGUGAUUAUGGGUGAAAAUAAAAUCCAGUUAUAAACACUCCGACCCAGUUUUAGAGUCUAAUUUAGAAAACAUUAUCUCCCACCCCUCCUACCUUUCCCCCAACCCUGCCCAACGUCUUAAGUUUAUACAUAAUAAUAUUGUAUUAUUGUGGAUGGCUUCAGAGUAAUCUGGAUAGAAUGUGUUUAUGCCCUUAUUUUUAUGCAGACAUGGUAGCAAAUUGUUCCAAAAGGGACAUAAAGUAAAAUUGGAAUUUAUUUUUAAUUCCUCUUUAUUGGGACUUAAUUAUUUCUAUCCAAAAUAUUCCAUUGGAUUGACAGACUGCUAAACUGUUCAU